AUGUGCUUACUGGAUAUAAAGGGCCUGUGGGUGCAGCGGGUGGUGCAGCUGAGGAAUGGCAGCGGCUCGGUGCUGGCCGCGCCCCUGGCGGCGACAGUCACGGUGGCCGUGCAGGUCACAACCCCCGAUGACAUGCAAGACGUGGUGGUGGAGGUCAUGAUGCCUGGCGGCCUCGAGCCCCUCGACCCCAACAUAUACCCGCCAGAGGACGCCGCCGCCACCUGCGGCCAGUCCCAGGACGAGCAGGACCUGGCGGGAAGCUCCCCCGACUCCGCGCCACCUCAGCAGGCCGUGAAAUUCGCGACCCGCGGCCCCAUGGCCGCGCCGCUGCGCCGGCGGCGGCUGGCGGAAGCGACCGCGCGGCCGUUUGGGUCGUACAGGAUUUGGCCGCCGUGGCCGGUGUGCCCGGCGCAGGAGACGCUGCCGGCAGUGGCCGGAACCCACUCGAUCAAGUUCAAGGCCAUCGCCGCGACCCCCGGCACGUUUGUGCUGCCACCUGUCAAGGCCUACGUUCAAAAGCAGCCCGAGAUCAUGGGCCUCUCCCCAGGCGGGAAGUUCACGGUCUGCGGCGCCCGCGCGGCCGCCUGCGACACGGCCGAGCGGCCGGCGGCGGCGGCGCCGAAGCGCUGCAGGGACGACUGCAACGGCAACGGGGCCUGCAACUUGGCCACGGGCGUGUGCAUCUGCGACGCCGGGUUUGCGGGGCCGACGUGUGCAGGGCUCGCGGCGUCGAAGUGA